AGCUAUUAUAUUGAUUUUUGGGCUGCAGAAAUAUACUGUAACAGUCUAACAAGUUUUCAAAUGAAUCUCCUCCCCCAGUUCGUCCAAUUACAUCAUGUACGAACUAUCUGGCAAAGCACGCCCGUGCUAAAACUGGGUGGAUGCUUGCAAAGUUGUGUGGAGGACAUGUAAGAUACAAAUCGAUUCACAAUUUGUUUAUAUUCUCCGCAUUUGACUGUGCUUUUGCCAAAAGAGCUGCCGGACCUUUGCAUUGCAACUGCAAUCUCAUUCCCCUGGUGAGGAUUUUUUCUAAUGCAUGCUUUGUAUUUGUUGUUUAAUUGUGUUCUGUGGUCUGUUACUUACAUGUACUAUCUAAAUAAAACUGUUCACUAAUAAAUCAAGUUACAACCUGCAUUAUUCACAACCUGCAUGCACAUAAUGUGAUUUUUGGUGCUUGUGUGCAUGACUCUGAAUAUGUAUAUACAGGAAAUCCAUGGAAAUUCCCCACACCAAAAAUCUGGCCCCAUCUGCUCUGUUUGCAGGCACAGCUGCAUCAUGCAUCAGUUACCGCUGGCUGUUUUCCUGCUGUCUCUGUUCUCUGUGUUGACUGUAGAAUCAUCCAAGAAGGGACGCAACUUCACCAUACAUUCAUCACAGCUUAGCUGCAGUUUGCCAGGCCCUCAUGGUCCUCCAGGGAGUCCAGGUGCAGCAGGUCCCAGUGGUAACGUAGGCAAGAUGGGGAUGCCAGGUGUUGAUGGCCAGGAUGGGAAGGAUGGUGACAAGGGACAGAUGGGAGAGAAAGGGGAACAGGGCCGUCCUGGGAACCCUGGAAAACAUGGACCACAAGGACGCCCAGGGCUUGUUGGGAAGGCAGGGCCAAGGGGCCUUAAGGGGGUGCGAGGGGCAUCUGGUGUGUCUGGAGUAGCUGGGAUAAAAGGAGAGAUGGGUGAUGUGGGGGAAACCGGCGCCCCAGGAGGCUGUGACUGUGGAGCAGAGGCACGAUCUGCUUUCUCGGUAGCAGUAACCAAGAGCUAUCCCAAGGAGCGUACGCCCAUUCGCUUUAACCGGAUUUUAAUGAACGAGGGUGAUCAUUACAAUGCCACCAGUGGCAAGUUUAACUGUGCGAUUCCUGGUGUGUAUUACUUCACAUAUGACAUCACGCUGGCUAACAAACAUCUGGCGAUCGGACUUGUCCACAAUGGCCAGUACAAGAUCAAAACAUUUGACGCCAACACAGGAAACUAUGACGUGGCCUCAGGAUCAACAAUACUUAGACUGCAAAAAGGAGAUCAGGUCUGGCUUCAGAUCUUUUAUUCAGAACAAAAUGGACUGUUCUUUGAUCCAUUCUGGGCUGACAGCCUCUUCACAGGAUUUCUAAUUUUUGCUGAUCAGGCUGCUCCAAAUGAGGCAAAUAUGAUGACUAAUUCUGGAUCAUCCUGAUUCAACUUCACAUUUGUUAAAUAUUCAUUUUAUCAUAUGGCUCCAAUAAUCUGUGUUUACAUAUAUAUAUAUAUAUAUAUAUAUAUAUAUAGAAACUGAUUCAGAAUUUUAAUAAAUACUAUAAUAACAUAAAUAAUACUAAAAUAACACAAUGACAAAAUAAAACAAGACUGAAAAAAGCACACUAUAAUUUAACAAAUUCAUCUGAAUAAAGAUUGAAAAUAGUAAUAAAGAUAGUCUUUUCGAUAUUUAAUUUUUGCUGAUCACGCUGCUCCAAAUGAGGCAAAUAUGAUGACUAAUUCUGGAUCAUCCUGAUUGAACUUUACAUUAGUUAAAUAUUAAUUUUAUCAUAUGGCCCCAAUAAUCUGUUUACAGAUAUUAUAUAUAGAGAGAGAGGGGGAAACUAAUUCAGAAUUUUAAUAAACACUAUAAAAGUAUAUAAAUAAUACUAAAAUAACGCUGAAUGAAAACAGAGAAUGAAAAAGCACACUAUAAUUGAACAAAUUCAUCUGAAAAAAGAUUAUAAAAUGCAUUUUUCAUAAAAAUCAAUCAACACAGCUUUUAUUUUUAGAUUUCCAUAUAAAAUAUUUCAGAUUUUGAUUCAAUCUGGACUGAUAGUCUUUUCACAAAUUUAUUUUUUGCUGAUCAGGCUGCUUCAAAUGAAGUGAAUAUGAUGACCAGUUCUGGAUUAUCCUGAUUGAACUUUCUAUUUUUUUCAAAUUUUAUCAAAUUGCCCCCAAUAAUCCUGUGUUUACAGACCCACCACAUCAGUAUUAGAACAAAACAAGACAUGGGACAUGUGGAAGGAUUACCAGAUUUAUAAGAAAUAAAUAAUUAUUGAUUAAGUAUCAAAAAACAAGAGUUUUUUCAAGACCCAAAUGAUUCCUUAUAAAUUAUGGAAAAAAAAAAAAAAGACCUCAGUCUUAGGCUUCUAAAAAACAGAAAAACCUUUUACCCCAAGGGACUUUUAGCCACGUUGAACGCUAUGAUGUUAGAUACAUGACCUUUGAUCUUCUACAAGACUGUUCUGUUAAUGAUCCCCCCCAUUUCUAUUGUUUAUUUACUAUUCACAUAAUCUGAUUUUGUAUUCUACUACAGUUCAAAGGUUUAGUAGACCUUGUCCACGCUGUCACUGGAGAUUUGUGUAACCCUCCUUUUGAAGUAUAAUUUUGUCCAAAAAUAGCAGCCAACCCUGCUAUUGCAGUCAUCUAAUCAAUAUAACGUUAGGUUCAUGGGCAAAAGCACUGUGUACACAAACAGUAGAGCAGUUGUUGAACCAGUGAUCAACCAUGUGAUCAGUAAAGGUUAAGUAAUGAUACUAUGCUUACGCGAUAUUUGUAUCAUACUGUAAUCUGCCCCUCAUAUCCUACUGCAAUAUCUUUUUAAAUGUGCAUAUUUUAGAUGAACGAUAGUCUUUCUUUUUAUUUAAGCUGUAAUUCUGUCUUUUCAGCCACUGAUGUCUCUAAUAGGCUACGAGUAUUUCUUCUUAUACCAAGAGGAUUACUAGAAAA